CGUAUGUGCACAUUAUGCCCAUCGCUAGUUUAAUGUAUCGAAUCGGUAUCGGGUAACGAAAGGAAAGUAUUGGGUACCAACAAUUCAGCACAUCACUACUUUUAAUCGCGCAUGCUCUAUGACAUGAACCAUCUGUUGUUGACAUUUGGUUACACAUCAAAUUAACAAUUAGCUUUUGAAAAUAAUUUUCUGGAGGACAUUUUUGAAAUAUAUAUAUUUUGCAAACGACUAUGUAAAAUUACAUACUUUAUAAUCACACUCAAUAUUUUAGACAGUCUGACGUUGGAAAUGGAUAAUUACACCGAUGUAAACAAUACAGUAACUAAAUUGAAAGUAGAUUUGCGUAAAAAGUUUACGGAAUUGCGAGCAGCUCUUCACGUGCGGGAAAAAUUAUUACUCCGGCAAUUGGAAGUCGUAGCAUCUACAAAGCAGCGUUUGACUGAAUGUGGGUCCGAAAAUAGCUCUAUUACCAGACCCAAAUCUGAUGAAGAAAAUUGCAUACAAAUUUUGUUUGAAAACGAAGACGAAUUACUGGGAUCAAUACGUUCGUUCGGUCGUUUUCAAUUAGGGUCCAUGGUGCUGGCGUUAAAACAAGAGGACUAUAUAACUCCAAACUGUGACCACGAAAUAAUGUACAAAAAUAUACAAUCCGAUGUUAAUCAAUAUGACGAAUUACCUCAACAAGUUUAUGAUCAUCUUGUGGUUGAUUUUUCGAAGGAUAAAUCUCUAAUUGAACAUAAUACAAAAUACAUAAACGAUUCAAUAGUUAACAUCACACUAGCGGAAGCUAAAGAUCUUAUAAGAAACGCGCGCAUUAAGAAUGAGGUGCCGUUACCACCUUUAAAUCUAGAGGAGUUAGAUGACGAGCUGGAAUCGUCUAUCGUUGAAGCAGUUUCCAACUUAAGUAGAGAUUCUAAUAUCAAUGUAAGUGAGGGAUUUAGGCCAAAUUCCUCAGAUGCGCGCGAAAAAAGAACUAAAUUAUGUCGGUCUAAACAAGAGAUCACUAUCAACAAUUGUAGUGGGACUAUUAACCUUCGGAAUAUAUCAAAUGUUACAAUAAAUUGCGGUCACGAUAAAUGUGAGCUUGGUGGGAAUUUAAAAACAUAUAUUAAUUUGAACGAUUCGAAAAAUGGUACUAUAGUUCCUUACAUAGUAGAUAGCCUGUCGGAACAUUCUACACCAAGCUCAGUUGAUUCGGUAUCGAACCAGUCCAGUAAUUCAAAUUCAAGAAGUCAGUCAAAAAAACAAAAGCACAGAAAGCUCUCUGUGGACGGUAAUAUCAACUAUGACAAUGAAGUUGAUGAGCCAUUACGCAAUGCAUCAAUGCACUUAACAUUACCACAGGCUAAUAAUGAUGCCGAAAGUAGUUCUGCUGGUGACACUGAUUCUAAAACAUUUAGUUGUGACUUUUACAAUCGUCUUCUUAAUGAAAUUAAACGUAACCUAGAAGAACAAAAACCACACCGAAAUGUAGCAAGAUUCCAAAAAUUUACUCCUGAAUUGGAAAUUUCAAACCAAACAGAUCACAAUUCUGCUUAUUUAGAAAGCACUUUAAAAAGAAAACCACAUCUGGUUUUGAAAAACUUUGAAAAUCUGAAUAUUGUGUUGAAAAAUGAUGGACCAAACGAACCUAUUCGCCCAGAACAUGUAGAGCACUGGUUAUCAGAGAUUAUAAAGGAUACCGAUUUGGAACCAAUGCAAAACACCGAUAUAUUGGAGCACAGUAAAAUUAAUGACUGAGCAUUGAAAUAUAAGAAAAACUUUUAAUUAAGAGCAAAUGUACUUAAAUAAAUUAUAUAAUUUAAACCGUUAA